CGACUGUGAAACCAGAUGACGUGUCUCCUCUCAUUUGUUAAAUAUCUUCUCUUUCCUCUUGGUGUUUAUUUUCUUCACAAUUUUGCUUGUCUGCCACUUAUCUUGACUUCCGUUUCACAGCAACGCUAUGCUCAUGGGUUUUCACUGUUAAAACGAUUUGAAGAUUUAAUGAUGGGUCAAUCUGAUGAUUUUAUCUUAUCGUCUUCAUGUGUUCUGAAGACGGUGAAGAUGACCGUGAAGGUGAUGAUAAUGAUGGUACAAAUUGAGAGGAUUGUUAUUUUUCUGCGAUGAUCUGAUCUUGAAAGGAGUUGUCUGCCUGGAUAAAUUGUAAACAAAUGCACCCUUUAAUGCAUUUUAAGCAGAUGGGUUGAUAAGUUUUCAUUGGGUGUAAUUUUUUAAGUCAUGGCUAUAGCUGGUAUACACAAUGUUCCAGUGCUUGAUUCCUCUUUCCUUAGGGAGUCACAGUCUCAAACAUCAACGAGUAGAGGCGGUGAAGAGAGUAGAAGCACCCAGCCAUCCUCACUCCUGCAAAUGUGGCGGGAGCUCGAGGAUGAACAUGUGGUGAGUCAUCCCCAGGAGAGGGUCAAUGAAAGAUUGCUAGAACAAGGGGGUGAUAGGUUGACUGCUGACUUUGCAAGGACAGAUAUGUCUGAAAGCCUAGGCGGUGAACAUGGUGGUGGAUUGGGGGAUGCAAGUGUGAGUGAAAAUGAGUUUUCACAGUGGUCUCCAAUUCGAUUUGGGACACAAAAUGGACAUGAGGAUCCUAGCAAUCUUAAUUAUGAUCGUACUUCUGGUUUGGGAGAAGUUGAAAGGGAAAGGGUAAGGCAAAUUUUUCGGGAAUGGAUGAAUACUGGUGCUAGGGAAUGUACUAAUAUUUCUCAUAUGAGCCACAGUCCAAGGGCUGAAUGGCUGGGUGAAACUGAGCAGGAGAGGGUGAGAAUUAUAAGAGAGUGGGUGCAACUGAAUAGCCAACAGAGAGGUGCUUGUGCUGAUAUUAGAGAAGAACACACAACCGACAUGGGUGGUCAGAUUGAACAAGUCCUUGAUGGAUUGGUUGUUAACCAGAAUGGCCAAACUGAGCAUGUCCGGAACCGGAGGGGCAUUCGUAGAUUAUGUGGCAGACAAGCUCUGCUUGACAUGAUUAAGAAUGCUGAAAUUGAAAGACAAAGAGAGCUUCAUGGUUUGUUGGAGCAUCGAGCUGUGUCAAAUUUUGCUCAUCGGGGCCGUAUUCAGUCCCUGCUUCGAGGUAGGUUCUUGCGAAAUGACCAAAUGGUUGAGGAUGAGAGACCCAGGUCCACAGCAGCUAGGGAGUUAGGUUUAUUGAGGCAAAAACAUACGGUUUCUGGUCUAAGAGAAGGAUUUAUCUCCAGAUUAAGCAGCUGCCAUUCUGAUAUCUCAUCUAAUGCAGACAUCAGUGGUAACAGAAAUGAACAUUCCCAGACAAAUAAUUCACAGGAAGUCAUGGAUGUUUUUCAUGAACCAUCUGAACUUAAUAAUGACGAAAAUGCAAGCCACAGUUUAUCAGAUGGUAGAACUGAUAUUGGAGGUGAUAUUAUUGGAAAUAUAAGUUUGCAAGAAAGUUCUGCUCGUGUAGAACAGUGGCAGGAACAGGUUUCUGAAAAUGAGAUUACAGAGUGGCAAAGGUCAGCUAAUGCUGAAAUCAUUGAGAGGAGAUGUAAUUCUGGACAGGGCCUGAAUGAAGACUGGCAGGGAAAUACUGCAAAUGAAUUGUCUCAAGAGCCUCCACAUAAUGAGGAUGCAGUGAAUUUUCAGCUGCAAGAAACUGGUGAAUUGUCUCAUCAGCAAAGUAGUGAGGAAAGUGCAACUCAUGGAUCAACACAUGCUGCAGAUAAUUUAGAAGGCAACUUGAUUCAAGAUGUAGUUGGGCAAGAACCUGCUGCUAUUUUAGAGCAUUGGCAGGAACAAGUUUUUGGAAAUGAGGAAAGAGUCUUUGACUGGCAUGGUACUAGUUUACAAUCUGAUGAAUGGAGAGAUGGUGAUGGAGAUGUUAUUGAAAAUCAGCAGGAAAUUGCUGCUAACCUAUGGACCCAAGAUGGAGAACAUGGUCAUCUACAAGAUGGUUUUCAAGAGGCUGUGCGGGAUUGGUUAGAAAGGCCUGCUGAAUCGGAAACUUAUUCUGUUGGAAGGGUUGAUACAUUUUAUCUACCUGAUGAUGAUAAUGUGUAUAGUAUGGAACUCAGGGAACUCCUAAGCAGGAGGAGUGUGUCUAAUCUUCUUCGUAGUGGUUUUCGUGAGAGUCUUGAUCGACUGAUACAAUCAUAUGUGGACAGGCAAAGUCGUGCCCCAAUUGACUGGGAGAUGCAUGGAACAUCUACUGCUGCUGCAGCAUCAGCAGAACAAGAUCUAGAGCAGCAAAGUGGUGAACAGACUGAAGGCCAAGAUGAUGCAGUUGAGAGUCCUCCACUUGCUAUACCUUCACCACCAAUACCCCCUGUUCAGCCACUCUGGGGUCAUGUGUCUCACCAUGAUAAUUGGCCAGCACACGACAUGCAUCAGCGCUUUGGAAUUGAGUGGGAGAUCAUUAAUGAUUUAAGGAUUGACAUGGCUAGACUGCAGCAAAGGAUGAAUAACAUGCAGAGGAUGCUGGAGGCCUGCAUGGAUAUGCAACUUGAGCUGCAGCGCUCAAUAAGGCAAGAAGUAUCUGCUGCCCUGAAUCGUUCGGCUGGUUCACCAGGGAUAUGUGAAGACGAUAUGCUAGAAGAUGGAUCUAAAUGGGAUUAUGUGAGGAAGGGAGUUUGCUGCAUAUGUUGUGAUAGCAAUAUUGAUUCUUUACUGUACAGAUGUGGACACAUGUGCUCGUGUUCAAAAUGUGCAAAUGAGUUGGUCCAAAAUGGAGGAAAGUGUCCAAUGUGUCGGGCACCAGUAGUGGAGGUGAUUCGUGCUUAUUCUAUCUUAUGAUAUUAACAAGAAUAAAGUAAAGGAGAGAUGUUGGAUUAACAAGACAAGUAGAAGGCACUUCUACUGCAAUUUGAACCGUCUUGUGCCUUUUUGCUUCUUCUCCUUCUUCAAUAGAAAUGGACUUUAAGGGUAGUUCUUCGAUAUCGGCAGUGUCUUCCUUUGCUCUCUUCUGGAUGGAAACCUGAACGGUUUCUUGAACAACUUUCUUAGAUACAACUACCUUGGCUGAACGCUUUGGAGGCAUUUCUUCCCUCUGAAAUCUUGCUGGUAUAUUUUCCUCUGGGCAAUUAUGUUAUGAAGGCCGAUAAGGAUGAUAACAAUGAUGUGGCAUCCAGGGCAAUUGAGUUGCUUCAGUCAUAUAACUGCGUUGGUUACGAGAGGACAUGUAUCUGACAGACGUCAAGAAACUGGUCGAAUGCUCGUCAACGUGGUAAAAGUUAACAAGGACAGAGGUGGAGUUUCCAGGAAGGGCAGAGCAGAGCAGUUUCUUGAAAAUGAAGAAAAACCCUCUUCUGAUGCUUCACAUCGUUGCUAUGGGCCGAACAGCUUUUUCUUUUUCUUUUUUUCAGGUUGAAUAUAAUUGUUGAAGAAUAUUGUUUGCGUUUCACCUAUGGCUGUCCGGGCCGUGCUGGCCCUCCAAAAAUAGCACGACCCUAAUGCAUAAUCGAUAAUUUUGUGGGUCAUGUCAGGAUUCGUGGGUGGGGUUGAUUGUGAUGAGGGGAUGCGAGAAAGGUCUACAAGUUGAUCUGAUAUGAAAUAAAAAUUGAAAAAAAAAAGGAAACAUUUUCUUCUCAACCGAUGGGGAAUAUUGUUGUCCGAUAACACUUUCCAACA